GGGGAGAGGAAGAAUGAAAGGGGGAGGGGGAGAGAGAGGAAGAGCUUCCAAACUUGUCGGCAGUGACAUGAGACAUUUACGCUCUGCUAGAUAAAACUGCCACUUAGAGCUCAGGAGAGCUAGACUUUCCUGGGUUGGCCUGGGGGCUUGAGCGGAGUCAUGGAUUCUCUGGUCCUGCGGCUGUGCGCUGUCUUCUGCCUGGUGGCUCACUCCGUUUCUGGCAGUCCCAUCAUGGGCCUUGAGCCUCUGGAAGAAGAUAUGCCCUUCUUUGAUGAUGUCUUCUCAGAGCAAGAUGGUGUUGACUUUAACACCCUGCUGCAGAGCAUGAAGGACGAGUUCCUCAAGACGUUGAACCUGUCGGACAUCCCUAUGCAGGACUCAGCCAAGGUGGACCCACCAGAGUACAUGCUGGAACUCUACAACAAGUUCGCCACAGACCGGACCUCCAUGCCCUCUGCCAACAUCAUCAGGAGUUUCAAGAAUGAAGAUCUGUUUUCUCAACCAGCCAGUUUUAAUGGACUCCGAAAAUACCCUCUCCUCUUCAACGUGUCCAUCCCUCACCAUGAAGAGGUGAUCAUGGCUGAACUCAGGCUGUACACGCUGGUGCAAAGAGAUCGCAUGAUAUAUGAUGGAGUGGACCGGAAAAUUACCAUUUUUGAAGUACUAGACAGUGAAGGGGACAACGAGGCUGAAAGAAACAUGCUAGUCCUAGUGUCAGGGGAGAUCUAUGGAACCAACAGUGAGUGGGAGACUUUCGACGUCACGGAUGCCAUCAGACGUUGGCAAAAGUCAGGCUCGUCCACCCACCAGCUGGAGGUCCACAUUGAGAGCAGACAUGACCAGAUCGAAGAUGCCGGAAGGGGACAACUGGAAAUAGACACCAGUGCCCAGAAUAAGCAUGACCCUUUGCUUGUUGUGUAUUCUGAUGACCAAAGCAAUGACAAGGAGCAGAAGGAGGAAUUGAAUGAAAUGAUCGCCCAUGAGCAAAUCCCGGAGCUGGAUAACCUGGACCUGGAUGGUUUUUCCAAUGGACCUGGGGAAGAGGCUUUGCUACAGAUGAGGUCGAACAUCAUCUAUGACUCCACGGCCCGAAUCAGAAGGAACGCCAAAGGAAACUACUGCAAGAGGACCCCGCUGUACAUCGACUUCAAGGAGAUUGGCUGGGACUCCUGGAUCAUCGCUCCCCCAGGAUACGAAGCCUAUGAAUGCCGUGGUGUUUGUAAUUACCCCCUGGCAGAGCAUCUCACGCCCACAAAGCAUGCCAUUAUCCAAGCCUUGGUCCACCUCAAGAAUUCCCAGAAAGCUUCCAAAGCCUGCUGUGUGCCAACCAAGCUCGAGCCCAUCUCGAUCCUCUACUUAGACAAAGGUGUCGUCACCUACAAGUUUAAAUAUGAAGGCAUGGCGGUCUCUGAAUGUGGCUGUAGAUAGGAGUCCUGUGGCUUAUUUAAUAACUGUAAAUGUGUAUAUUUUGUGUUUUAUUUAAUGAGACUAUUUAAUGAGGGUGUACAGAUAACAGAGGCUUGCUGCCUUAGGGAAAUGGACAGAUUGGUUUAUUGUAGGAAACGCAUAGUUU